CGGCCCGGGCCGAGCCGAGUCCCGCUCACUGCCCGCCGCCCGCCGCCCUGCUAGCGCUCGCCAGCAUGUCCUUCAUCCCGGUGGCAGAGGAUUCUGACUUCCCCAUCCAUAACCUGCCUUACGGCGUCUUCUCCACCAAAACCAACCCAAGACCAAGGAUUGGCGUGGCGAUUGGCGACCAAAUCCUGGACCUCAGCGUCAUUAAACAUCUCUUCACCGGGCCUGUCCUCUCCAAACACCAGGAUGUCUUUGAUCAGACAACCCUCAACAGCUUCAUGGGCCUGGGACAGGCUGCCUGGAAGGAGGCGAGAGCAUUGUUACAGAGCUUGCUGUCUGCCAGCGAAGCCAGGCUCAGAGAUGAUAUGGAGCUUCGGAAGAGUGCGUUCAUCUCCCAGGCUUCUGCCACCAUGCACCUUCCAGCCACCAUAGGAGACUACACGGACUUCUAUUCCUCUCGGCAGCAUGCUACAAACAUUGGCAUCAUGUUCAGGGGCAAGGAGAAUGCCUUGAUGCCAAACUGGUUGCACUUACCAGUAGGCUACCACGGCCGUGCCUCCUCUGUCGUGGUGUCCGGCACCCCGAUCCGAAGGCCCAUGGGACAGAUAAGCCCUGAUGACUCUAAGCCUCCCAUCUAUAGUACCUGCAAGCUCUUGGACAUGGAGUUGGAAAUGGCUUUCUUUGUAGGCCCUGGGAACAAACUCGGAGAGCCGAUUCCCGUUUCCAAGGCCCAUGAGCACAUUUUUGGAAUGGUCCUCAUGAACGACUGGAGUGCUCGAGACAUUCAGAAGUGGGAGUAUGUCCCUCUUGGGCCGUUCCUCGGGAAGAGUUUUGGAACCACCAUCUCUCCGUGGGUGGUGCCCAUGGACGCUCUCAUGCCCUUUGCUGUGCCCAACCCGGUGCAGGACCCCAGGCCCCUGCCGUAUCUCUGCCAUGACCAGCCCUACACAUUUGACAUCAAUCUCUCCGUCGCCCUGAAAGGAGAAGGAAUGAGUCGGGCAGCUACCAUAUGCAGGUCCAAUUUUAAGCACAUGUACUGGACGAUGCUGCAGCAGCUCACUCACCACUCUGUCAAUGGCUGCAACCUCCAGCCGGGGGACCUCUUGGCUUCUGGAACCAUCAGCGGGCCAGAGCCGGAAAGCUUUGGCUCCAUGUUGGAGCUGUCUUGGAGGGGGACGAAGCCCAUCGAGCUGGGGAAUGGGCAGACCAGGAAGUUUCUGCUGGAUGGGGAUGAAGUCAUCAUCACAGGGCACUGCCAGGGGGACGGCUACCGUGUGGGCUUUGGCCAGUGUACUGGGAAAGUGCUGCCCCCCUUCACGCCUGCGUGAGGCUCUCUUGCUUGGCUGCCCUGGAAACGAAGGCCUGAGCCCUCCGGUAACUGGGGCGCCCUCUGUGGCUGAAGACCUGGUUCUUCAUGCACUAAUAAACAAAGCCAUUGUUCUGUGGCCGGGCUGUAAGCCCUGUUCUGUUUAAGUGCACCAACAGCCUCUCGUGUUUUGUUUUUUCCAAUUGUGGUGAGUAUAUGUAUAAAACAAACAAACAAAAAAUGGCCAUUUCAGCAUUUUUUCACAUGUGUAAUUCAGUGACAUUAAUUACAUUCAUCAUCUUGUGCAGCUGUCACCACAUCCGUUUCCAGAUUUUUCCAUCACCCUUAACAGCUCAGUGCCCCCAAGCAAUGUUCCCACUUUCUCCUCCCUCCCACUCCUCUCGUGUUCUCUGUUUGACCCAAUGGGUCCAG